GACAACUUCAAGCCGUUUCCAAAAUCGACUUCAAUCCAUAUCUGUCGUUCUCAACUUCGUACCGCACAUCCACAGUUCUAGAAAUCAUGAGUGGUGAAAAGAAAACUAUCCUGGCCUUUGACGCCUACGGCACACUUCUGUCUACCGAAUCCAUUGCAAAGAAGCUCUCAUCGCAUUUCGGACAAGAAAAGGCACAGACAAUCGCAGCAACAUGGCGCAAGUACCAAUUGGAGUAUACAUGGCGUCUGAACAGCAUGAACAUAUAUGAAGAUUUCAGCAAAGUCACACUACGCUCACUCCGACACGCCUUGGCCGAGUCCUCGGUCUCUUUAGAGCAGGACGACAUUGACGAUUUGAUGAAAGCUUACGACUCCCUCUCCAUCUUCCCCGAUGUAGCUCCCGCACUCGAAGCGAUCGUCAAACAGUCCAAUUUCUACCCUGUAGUGUUCUCGAACGGUACACACACGAUGGUGUCCAAUUCUGUCAACAAGUCUCCUGAUCUGUCCAAACAUGCGUCGACAUUCAAGGAUAUCGUUGUCGUGGAGGAGCCGAAGAGAUUCAAACCUACGCCUGAGUCGUACACUCAUCUUGCGAAGAGUGUUGGUAAGGAUCCAAGCAGUAAGGAGGAUAUGGCUAGUAUGUGGUUGAUUAGUGGAAAUCCUUUUGAUGUUGUUGGAGCAAGGGCGGUUGGUAUGCAGGCUUGUUGGGUUGACAGAGCGGGCAAUGGAUGGCAGGAUGGUCUUCUCGAGGGGGAGAUUGGAGGACCGACAGUGAUUGUCAGCAGUCUCGAAGAGGUACCUAGCAAGGUAUCUGGAGUCUUGCCAGUGCAGUGAACGCUGUGAGAGCAACAAAUCCAAGAUCUCUCGAGCCUGAUUAGAUCGCUGUAUAUGAUAUGUAUCUGACAUGCUUAUCGCUUUCCCCACACCUUCAACCCUGCUACCCAAGUCUGAAGCACUUCUCCCUCAUCGUUCAACACCACAAAGUCGGCUCUCCUUCCUUCUUCCAGCUUUCCCCUGGUCUUGUCCCCCAUGAACUCCGCCACGUUCUCGGUUACACAUCUCACUGCUUCUGCGACAUUACAUCCACUCCACUUCAUGAUAUUCUGUAUGCAUUCCUGCAGACUGGCGCAUCCACCCACCAGUGUAUCUGUCCCGUCGAUCGUCACCUUUGAUCCGGUCUUGCGUUGCUUGAAAGGAAUUU